AUGGAAGUCGGACAACUGGUCGUCUUGACCGCGGACAUCUCUGGGACUUUCCUUGGUGUCAAGUUCGAGCUGGAGAUCCCUUGUUCCAAAUCUGCAACAACAAAAAAUGACGCAGGCACUCCCCCCUCCACCUGUCCCCACCAACUGCCAAAACGCUGCAUCCCUCCACCUGUACCCACCAACUGCCCCAAACCCUGCAUCCCCUCCACCUGUCCCCACCAACUGCCCAAACCCUGCAUCCCCUCCACCUGUCCCCACCAACUGCCCAAACCCUGCAUUCCCUCCACCUGUCCCCACCAACUACCCAAACCCUGCAUCCCCUCCACCUGUCCCCACCAACAGUCCACCCCCUACAGCCCAUCCACCUGUCCCCACCAACUGCCCAAACGCUGCAUCCCUCCACCUGUACCCACCAACUGCCCAAACCCUGCAUCCCUCCACCUGUCCCCACCUACUGCCCACCCCUACACCUGUCCCCAUCAACUGCCCACCCCUACAGCCCCUCCACCUGUCCCCACACUAACUGCCCAAACGCUGCAUCCCUCCACCUGUCCCCACCAACUGCCCAAACCCUGCAUCCCCUCCACCUGUCCCCACCAACUGCCCACCCCUACACCUGUCCCCACCAACUGCCCACCCCUACAGCCCCUCCACCUGUCCCCACUAACUGCCCAAACGCUGCAUCCUCCACCUGUCCCCACCAACUGCCCAAACCCUGCAUCCCUCCACCUGUCCCCACCAACUGCGCACCCCUACACCUGUCCCCACCAGCUGCCCACCCUCUACAGCCCCUCCACCUGUCCCCACCAACUGCCCAAACGCUGCAUCUCCUCCACCUGUCCCCACUAA